AUGGAAGAGCCGAAGCAAACAAGCGAAAUUAUCGAGCAUGCUCAGGUGGAGCAUGCAGUUGAUGAUGAGCCGUCGAAGCAACCAGUGAUGCGAGCCAAAUCGGAUGAUCUCUCGGUCUGGCAAACCCUUAGCAAAUUCAAGUUCAUCUCGCUGGUCGCUAUGGCUGCAUCGUUCAGCGCAUCUCUGGAUGGAUAUCAAAUUAGUUUGAACGGAGGAGUUGUCUCGAACAAGGGGUUCAUUGCUCAAUUUGCCUCUCCCGGAACGUCAAUCAUUCCAGGACCGUAUGUGUCUGCAUGGGGCGGUAUUCAAUCGGCUGGUCAAACAGUUGGACAAAUUCUUUUGCAGUAUGUCACCGAGGCCUAUGGACGUAAGAUUGCUUUGUACCUUAUCUGGGUGGAUCUCGUUAUCAGCGUUUUUAUCGAAUCAUUUGCCACUCAAUGGCAGCACUGGCUUGUCGCGAAAUUGUUUUCGGGCAUGGGUGUCGGCAUGUUGCAAUCUACGCUUCCGCUCUACCUAUCUGAAAUUGCACCUACUCAGCUACGUGGAUUCUAUAUCAAUGCUUACAGCCUGUGGUUUGUGCUUGGCCAAAUCUUUGCUUCGGUGGCACUCAACAGGCUCAACGCCUCGGACCCUAUGGACUUCCGAACUCCCAUCUACUCACAGUGGGCGAUGGUCGGUACCAUUGCUAUCAUCUUCCUCCUGAUUCCGGAAUCACCAUGGUGGCUGGUCAGCAAAGGAAAGAAUGAUCGCGCAGCAAAAAUCUUGCAGAGAUACAAUGGUCAUGUAGAAGGAUAUGACGUUCAAGAGCAAAUUAGCGUGAUGGAUGCCACCGUGUUGCAGGAACGUCGGAUUGCUGAGCGUAACUCAGAAAUUGGCCAAAUGGCUAUCUUCAAAGGCCGUAAUUUGAUUCGAUUUCUCAUUGCGUCUUGGCCAAAGAUUACACAGCAGUUUGUGGGACUGGCGGUUUUCAACAGCUAUGCUACCUACUUUUUCCAAUACGCUGGCAGCAAUGACCCCUUCAUGGUAACCGUCAUUCUGUCAUGUGUUCAGCUCCUUUCAAUGCUUAUGACCGUCACUCUUACUGAUCAAUUCGGUCGUCGGCCUUUAACCGUUUACCCCUAUGCAGUGACAGUUGUGUCGGUUUUAUGUCUUGGCAUCAUUGGGUGCUUCGACUAUACAAAGCCUGCGACCAGUUCGCUAUUGAUUUUCUUCGCUUGCAUGGCCACAUUUUCUACGACCGGCGCAUCGGCUAUCGGAUACGCCUACGCAGCCGAGGUUCCUCAACAGCGUCUCCGAGCCCAAACUGCUGGAUGGGCUCUGGCUUUAUCCAAUGGUGUCGCAAUCAUGUUCAGUUUCUGCACUCCAUUGAUGAUCAACAAUGGAACAGUUUCGCACUGGGGUGUUAAGACGGGAUUCUUCUUUGCCGGAACUGGAUCUGUCGCUGUGGUCAUUGCUUGGUUCAUCUUACCCGAAGUGACUCGUCGCACGCCUGCAGAAAUUGACGAAUUAUUCGAAACCAAAGUCAACCUUCGGAAGUUCAAGGGACAUGUCACUGAAGUACAGAUGCGUGCAGACGCAGAUCAUCAUAUUGAGAAACAAGCAGUGGCUUGA